AUGGAUUUACCUUUGAAAAAAAAAACCUACGCACAAAAAUACAGACCGGAGUGGGAAAAUAUGGACGAAUUUAAAGACUCCAAAGCUACACAGGAGCUUAAAUUGCAUCACACUAAAUGUACAGAAAUAAUGAAAAAUGUGCUGAUGCCGCACUUUCGCAAGGAGCUCUUAGAUGAUAUUGGAAACCAAAAGUUCAGCAUUAUAAUGGCAAUUAAAUCAUUUGAAAGUGAAAACUCUAAUCCAUUAAAACUUCUCAAUACACUCACGACACUGAUAGAAUCAGUGAGCCAGAGAAUUUUAAUGCCAAGACCUGUAAAUAGAAACUUAUUAGAUCCAAUAACUGACAGGGAUAUUAACUCUAGGCCUUAUCUUGGCUACAUGUUUGAAACUGCUCAACAUAAUUUAGACUCCGAAAUUUUAAAUGCAAUACGACAACGCUGCUCCGCCUUCUUACUGCAAUUACUUAAGGAAUUGCAACAAAGGCUUCCAGACAAUUACAAGCAGCUAGAAUCAAUGGCGUUGCUAAGUCCAGAGGAGGCAAUAAAACCAAUCAAAUCAAACACUAUCAUCGACAGACUUUGCUGA